UCUUUAUUUAAUAUUCACCUCGUCCAUGAUUCGAUUUAUACUUGUACAAAACCGACAAGGUAAAACACGCCUAUCAAAAUGGUAUGUUCCUUAUGAGGAUGAAGAAAAAGUAAAACUUAAAGGCGAAGUACACAGAUUAGUUGCACCUCGAGAUCAAAAGCAUCAAUCCAAUUUCGUCGAGUUUCGAAAUUAUAAAGUGGUCUAUAGAAGAUACGCAGGAUUGUUUUUUUGUGUGUGUGUAGAUGCAAAUGAUAAUGAAUUAGCAUAUUUAGAAGCGAUACACUUUUUUGUAGAGGUGUUGGAUGCAUUUUUCGGUAACGUAUGUGAGCUGGAUUUAGUCUUCAAUUUUUACAAGGUGUAUGCAAUAUUAGAUGAAGUAUUUUUGGCGGGUGAAAUCGAAGAAACUAGUAAGAAUAUUGUAUUAACUAGAUUAGAUCAUUUGGAUAAAUUGGAAUAGCAUCAAUAAUUAUGUUAAUUAGAUUAAACAGAAGUAUAUAUAUAUAUAUUAUAUAAAUA